UAUUUUAUUAAUAUGAGUAUUAUUCAUAAUAAUGUGUAGAGUAAUUAUGUGCUUAUAAUUCAUUAUUAAUUUAUGUAUAUAAGAAGGUCCCAACAAGCUCAGUUAGCUGUCCACUCGUUUUUAUAUUAGUUUCCAUUUUCUUCUUUCUCUUCCUCACCGUGUUUUCCAGAACAAAGAAUUAUAUAGAGAGAGAGACAGACAGAAAGAGAGAAUUUUUCGCCUUGGAUUCUCAUUUCCAUUGGAGAAAACCGCAGGUUUCAGAUUAUUGGGCUUCUACAAUUUUCUUGGGAUUUUUUUUUUUUUGGGUUAAUCCAAGGCAAAUUUUUUGAGCAAUUUGGUCAACAUUUUGCUGUAAAGAUCUGCGCUUUGAGGUCCGGCAAGUUCUGGGUUUCGUCAAAUUCUCCGGACGAGUUUGGUGGUUUUUAUUUGUUUCGACAUUGAUGGGUUUGGUUUUUGCUUUCUUGAGACGCCAUUGAUUCGGCAAAGAAAAGAAAAGAAAAAGGAAAGGAAAAAAGGAAAGCCCCUGUCUCUCUCUCUCUCUCCCCCUCUCUCUGGUAUUUCGUCUCGCUACUUUCUCUCUCUCUCUCUCGGGAUUUGACUCGUGUAAUGCUGCGGUCAGAGGCUUCUAAAGCAGGGUCUAGCAGUUUCUCUUCCAAUUGGGUAGUUCAGAUUCUCGACGCGGAUCGUCACGAACCGAAAUCCUCAAAGAUCUGAGAUAUUUUUAGUACCAUAGAAAUUCUGAGAGAAAACAAAAGAUGAUGAAGAUGAGGACCAAAACGACAGGUAUUUCUCAGAUAAACGGAGGGUCCGCCGGCGGCGGAGCAGAGUCAACGCCGUCGGAGUGGGAGAUGAGACCCGGAGGAAUGCUGGUCCAGAAGCGCAACGACUCCGAUCAGAACUCAGCUCCUCCGCCGACAAUUAGAGUUAGGGUCAAAUACGGGUCAACCUACCACGAAAUCCAUAUCAGUUCCCAAGCCACAUUCGGGGAAUUGAAGAAAAUGCUGGUGGGACCGACGGGUUUGCACCACCAAGAUCAGAAGCUGAUUUACAAAGACAAGGAGAGAGAUUCGAAGGCUUUUCUGGACAUUUCAGGUGUGAAGGACAGAUCGAAGAUUGUUUUGGUUGAAGACCCGCUUAGCCAAGAGAAGAGGCAUCUCGAGAUGCGGCGGAAUGCGAAGAUGGAGAAGGCCUCAAAGUCCAUCUCGGAGAUCAGCUUGGAAGUUGAUAGGCUCGCUGGCCGGGUUUCAGCUUUCGAAUCCGUGAUUACUAAAGGCGGUAAAGUCGCGGAAACUGAUGUGCUUAAUCUGAUUGAGUUGUUGAUGAAUGAACUGCUUAAAUUGGACGGAAUAAUGGCGGAUGGAGAUGUGAAAUUGCAGAGGAAAAUGCAGGUGAUGAGAGUUCAAAAGUAUGUAGAAACUCUUGACAUGUUGAAAAUCAAGAACUCAAUGCCUGCUAGCAAUGGAGUUCAUACCCCAAUACAAGUUCAACAAAGGCUGUCCUCCAAUGGGCAAAAGCAAACACCACCACCAAACCAAGACCAACAACCAAGACAUUUUUACUCCAACGGCCACAGGCCAAGAGCGAUUCAAGAGCAGGACGCCAGGAGUUCGUUUGGGAAUUCCCCGAGGAGUUCGCUUGGAAAUUCGCCAAGGCAUUCGUUUGGAAACUCACCAACGCACCAGCAGCCACAGCCGCAGCCUCCUUCCAGGCAUUCAACAUCAGGAGCAGUUGUCAUUACCACGAAUUGGGAGACAUUCGAUUCUGCCCCGGCGCCCUCGCCGUUGGUCGUGACCUCUUCAACAUCCACAUCUGCCUUGGCCGCCAAUAAGCCAGUCCAACCUAGAUUCACCUGGGAUCUUCUCUGAGUUAAGCCAUAAAAAUACCACGUCUUUGUUUUUUGUGUGUGUGGGGAUGUGUUUUGGUUUUUGUCUCCUGUUGGUUUGCUAUUCUCUCCUUAUCAUUCUUUUCUGUAUUUAGCAAAUGUUUAGGACCCCUUUACUCUGUCAUGAUUCUGUUCCUCAGAAAUAAAUGGGGUUUUUCACUAUAACAGUGAUUGUCAUUCUUCUCAA